CCCUGUUUCAGCUAAUCUUCCAACACUCCCCAAUUCUCUCGCUUCUGACCUAAACCUCUUCGUCACCUCCGCCCUCAAUUUUCAAACCCCUUUCUCAAAAUGACCGUGACGUUGCAAUCCUUCUCGCUCUUAAACCCUAACCCUAGCUCCACCUCUCGCUUCACCAAGGCCGCCACGACUCCGCUCGCCUUGUUCUCUCGGCGAUUCCAUCAAUUUCAUGGAGGAGCUCCGGUUGCGGUUCCGAAAGGGCUCGGUUCUUGCGGUGGCUCGCUCUCCCUGCACCGGCGGAGCUUGUGGUGCCGGCCAAUUGUAGCCGCCGCUGCCUCGCACGAUGAAUCGAAGCAUCCAGAGGUUGAGGUGGAGAAGGAAAAGGAAAAUGCCAAAGUGAAAGCUGAAGAAUCAGAAGAAGCUUGGAAGCAGACUCUAGCUUCUUUCAAAGAACAAGCUUUAAACCUGAAAAGUGUCUCUCAGGAAGCGUAUGAGAUAUACUCUGAGAAAGCAUUUGUAAUUUUGAAGGAAACGUCAGAGCAGUUGAAAAUACAGGGUGAUAAGGCAAUGUGUGAUUUGACUGAGGUAGCUAAAGAGAUCAGCGAAGAAGGUAAAGAAUUUAUCUCCACAGCCGCAAAGAAUUCUCCCGAGCCAGUGAAGGAAAUUGUUGAGACGUUCCAAACAUCAUCUGAUGAUCUCAAUGACGUCACAAAAAUCCGCGACUUUCAUGUUGGGAUACCAUAUGGUUUGGUUCUCUCUCUUGGUGGCAUCCUUUCCUUCAUGGUAACUGGAAGCACUGCUGCAAUUAGAUUUGGGGUUAUCCUUGGUGGUACUCUUUUGGCUUUAAGUAUUUCGAGUUUGAGAUCAUUUAAGCAAGGAGAAUCAUUUCCUUUGGCCUUGAAAGGGCAGGCAGCUAUUGCCAGUAUACUUUUUCUGAGGGAGGCACGCCUACUGACUCAGAGAUCAUGGAUUCCAUAUUUGUUGACAACCUUUGUCAGUGGAGGUAUUGUAGCUUUCUAUGUCUAUAGGAUUGUACAGAGUCGUAAACACCAAAAAGAUUCGAGCUUUGAAUGAGACAGAAAGUUGGAGUAUCUGCUAGCAAUGGAGAAGUAACUGGGGUGCUCCGGGCUAGUUGCUGAACUAAAGUUUCUCUGGUUAAACACCCGUGCAUCCAAAGCUGAUGGGAACAAGGCAUCAUGUGUUUGGAGUUUAGAUACUUGUUUUUCUUUUUGCAUUUUACCAUUGAUUUUAGUUGGGCAAACAUAUAGAUAUACUGUAAUAUGGUGUUCUUGGCCCCCCUUUUUUGAUAUUGAGAUGCUAGAACUAGUUGCUUGGCGUUUGCAUUCUGUUUCAUGGCCGUGUGUUUGAAGUUCUGUAUAACAUAACAGCUGGCUUGGACUGAAGCCGUUGCUCCACAGGCCAUAUCUCAUGUAACAUAUUUAACUCUUUGCGCUGGCUCAGCCACGGUGAAGAAAAGAAAUAAAGAUGUACCAUGAUUUCGAUGCAAGUGCAUUAG